AUGGCCAAACGCCUUCCACGUCUUGUGCGCCUUCCACCGUCGCUGCCGCAGGAGGCGGGCGUGAUGGUGCGCAUGCGGCAUCCAAACCUCGUUUCCUUCAUGGGCCUGUGUGUCGUGCCGCCGUGCAUCCUCACAGGCAAGCCCAAGCGGGUCACGCUGGCACACAGUGCACUGCAUGAACGAUGCCACGUUUUGUUUGCCGGUUCCCUGAUGCCUUCUGGUAUGCGCUGCUGCCAGGCGGCGGACGCUGCACGCGGCAUGCUGUACCUGCACACCGCCACCCCCGCCAUCAUCCACCGCGACGUGAAGAGCCCCAACCUGCUGGUGGACGAUGCCUGGCGCUGCAAGGUGACGCACCUCAUGGACGCGGCCUCAUCCUGA